ACAGCCUCCUCACUAAUUAGCCUAUCUCUAUGCCUGUACGCGUUUCUCUGUGUGAAACUUGCUAAACAAGCAUCGUUUGAAACCAUUCAUCUCCGCUCUCUCCAGCUGCUGUCAUGGCAACCAUGUAUGACUGGCAGAAAACAGACUGCAGUUUCUGAGCUCCAGUCGAACCUGGACGCUUCAGAGCAUGAACACACUCCUAUGGGCAGAUGAAGAGUUGUGAUAUUGAGACAGCAGGGCAGCCAUGACUGUGAGGCACACAAUGAAGUAUCUGGCUUACCAACCCCUAAGCACUAGAAACAAACAUCUGCAGCAGAAAUGGGACAAGACUUCAUAUGAAAUACACAGGGGAAAGGUGAUGUCAGCCAAACCAACAAUAAACCCAACUCCACCAGAGACCUAUGGUCACCUCGUCGACAAACUGAAGACCAAAAAGCUUAAAGAAGAAAGGACAAUGAAGAUGAAAAACAAUAUGCUUACGGAAAGAAUAUCACACAUCAUGAAGACAACUGGAAGAGUUCACAACAGGAAUUAUUAUGAGCGAAAAAGCCUUGGCAAGGAGAAGCGACAGCUGGAGUUGCUCCGCAUUACCAAUGAGAAUCAAAUGAUACUGCUCCAUCUGAGUCAAUGCAAGUCCCACUAUAAUGUGAGGAGCUGGCAUGACGACUGGCUCAAAACUCUCAAGGUGAUGGAUAGCAUAGCACGUUACCCACGGGGAAGAACAAAUCAAAAGGGACAAGAAAAGUGCAGUAAUUGUAAUAAAGAACAAAAGAUCAGCACGGGUGCAUCGACAAACAGCCCUUCAAGCAACAAAGCCAAAGGGAAAGCAGAAUCUGAGAAAAAAAGAAAAGAAACCAUGAAGAAAAAAGGUACAGGAACAGAGAUACAGCAGGACAUAGCGACUCACCCUGAACCAAAUCCAUCAAAGAAAUCCAUCAAAGCAGAUACAGCUGAGAAUCCUGGUUCCUCUGACAACAUUCAAGUUACAACAGUUAAAUUCCCUCACACUGCUAAAAUUCUCUCUGUCAAUGGAUCUGAAAUACUCAGCACUCUUCAAACACCUAAAACACUUGAGAAGGAGACUUCAAGUCCUGCAGAGGAAUAAAAUGCCAUCUUAUACAAACUCAUGCUUGGUAUAUUAAUUAUUAAUUAUUUCUGCUUGAAACAGAUGUGUAUAUGAUAUUUAUGUCAUCCUAUCUUAUCUCACAUCUAAUUGUCAAUUAUUAUUUUUGAAUCUACGUAUGACUACUGCUCUUUUUUUUUACUGCUGAGUAUUGCCCAAUGCAUGUGAAUGUAUUGGGCAAUACUGUUGUGUUAACAGUAUUGCCCAAUAUAGUGUUAACCUACGAUGAGAAAGUCUUAUCUACAGAGAAACACGACCUAGAAACUGUAUGGUAUUCUUAAAUUGAGCAUUAAUUCUGCUUGGUAAAUGUUGUAUGCCACAUACAUUUGUUGACAUAUGUGUGUAUGAUUGACUGAGAUGUAUUCUGUACUACUUACCUGUUCCACACCAUAAGGGGGUGCUAUUGAUUUUAUAUGAGAUGAAUAUGAUUGGUGACGUCACACCCCCUAUAUAUAUGAAUGUUCUGCGCGUGAUUUUUUCUCUUGGCCCGCUCCCAAUAUGAUGAAGGCUGGAAGAGCAGUUCCUUUGUUUGCUAUAUAAUAAAUAUGCCCUAAAGGCUGAAGGAAGAAUUCGUCGUCUACCUUUCUAGUGUUGCACUAUUGGACUCCUGCUGUGUGUUGGCAAUACUCCUGCUAACAACAUUCAUGAACAUCUGUUGUGAAUAUAAUAUUCCCAAACAUAACAUUUUGUAAUGUGUUUCUUUAAUAAAAACAAAUACAAUAUUAAAUAGAUAAACAGUA